GCAAAUUUUUCAAGUUUCAAGCGCCGCGAUUGACGCGAGCGCACGUUUGAAACGCGGCCCUUCACGCGGGAUUUCGCGCUUCGUUUUUCCCGCUUCGGCUAAGUUCGGGCUGCGCAACUUUGCGACAUCUUCACGUCGCUGUUCGCGGCAAAUUUCACAGCGGUGGUGAAAAACAGGCGGUGUGCGCGUCAUUACGUCAUAUCCAUCUUUUGUGAUCAAUCGUUGUCCGUUGAUCGACGGGGAAACGGAGUAAAUAGAGACGAGAGGCCGUCGGGGUCGAGACGAUCGGGAUUAGAGAAGGCAAUCUGGAAACCGCGCGAGGCUGAAAUCCUGUGGAAUGGCCGUCACGAGUCGCUGCGUCGCGGCGUGCAUGUUUCUGGCGGUACUCUCGUUGCUGGUGGAGACAGCGGUGACCUUGGAUUGCUAUCAAUGCACAUCGGCGGAUGAAUGGAAAUGCAUGGAUAGCGAAUUGGUUAAGAAUUUCUUGGUGCCGACAAAUUGUAGUCAUGUGUACGGGGCGGUUUAUUGCAUCAAAUCAAUCGGCCGUUAUGGAGGUGGCAUCGGCACAAAGCGAUUUUGCUCAUCCGUGCACAUGGGGAACUACUGCGACUACGUGAAACAGCCGGGUGACAAACUGACCUAUCGCACUUGCGUAUUCACGUGUUCCGAAGACGGAUGCAAUUCAGCGAUGUCCUUCAUGCCGGAUGCAAUUUAUACGUGGAUCAUGCCGGCGAGUUUAGUGGUAGUCUGGAAAAAGCUGUUUCACAGGUAGAAGCUUCUCUGAGAAGCUUAAGACACAAAUUUAUUAUUCAUUGUUGUCGAUGAAUCUCUUGUGCCUUUUUCUAAGCCUUUUUUAACUGGAUCUAAAAUAUGAAAUUUUUAUCAAUGUCUAAUCACUGCCAAUGACAUUUCUAGUAUCGUGACCAUCGCAGGUUGUGGCAAUUAUAAAUUUCAGAUAUUUUUUUAUCAAUAUCGGAAAACGUAAUGAUCAAUUUCAAUUAGUACAGAUUUUUUUUACCACGUUAUAUUUAAAUCUCGUAACGGGAUUGUUUUAAUUACGUAAUCGAAAUAUUUGAAUUAUUUCCCCGUGGCUAUCCAUUUAUUUGUCCAUUCACAUUCUGUGAAAUUAUAUUCUUAUAGGAAUGCUCCAAUAAUUUUUUUACAUCAAACCAGAUUUUUAAGAGCAUUACUGUUUCAGAGAACUUUUUUUAUAUACUUUUUAAUAUAUUUUACAUAAUUAGAGAUCAAUGUGUCUCAUUAUUUUAAGAGCAAUAGUAUAUUUGUAUAUUUUAUAUUUAAUAUUUUUGUAUAUUUCGUAUAUUUAACGAUAUGUAGAAUAGAUUAUUCAUAAACGAAACAAUACGAACUGAAACGAAAUACAUCCGUCCAUUCGACUCGUAGAUAAAAAAUUCUAAACGAGCAUUAUAUAAUUAAGAUACUACAUUUGUAUACAUAAUUUAUCAGAAAGAAAUAUAUAUACUGCACUUUUUUAUAUCUCUGCUAUGUACUGGCAUAAUACAGAGAAUUAAAUUGCGUAAAAUCUCGAAGCGAGUAAAAUAUUUUUGCUUAUAUAUUAAUAAUAAUACAUUUUAUAUACACAA